AUGAAAGACUACAAAGCAACCUGGAGUGCAGGGUCCGCCUCCAAAUUGACGCCCUCCUCCUCCACUGUCUCCGUCGUCCACAGCUGGGCAUCACGAGUCGUUGAGAAGCACGAGGUGGUGCGAGCUACUCCUCUUCAUUUCUGGCAGCUUGACACCUCGAGCCACGCUUUCACUGAGGCAAGGAACCGAUUCAGAGACUCGUUGCUCGUCCCAUUCUAUACUCCUCCACCAGCUUCCACUCUCUCUGCCUUCGUGGAACUUCCAGCUACAGAUGGGUUUUCAUCGAUCCCUUCAAGCCUUCGUGAUGGACCUGACCCCCGAGACGACAGCUUGAAGGAUACCCUCGUUAGCGCUGUCCAAGAUGAACUCGGAUUGAUCGACGGCGAGGUCGUCUACACCAGCGGAUAUUCCCCCGAUGUAGCUACCUCGCUCAAGCCCAUGCUGAAGCAUCUCCUGGACGUGAAGCGUCAGGUGCGGAACCACCUAAUUUCCCGAUCCCUGGCAUCCCAUCUUUGA